GUGGACGUUUGCCUGGUGUCUGCUCCCGGGUUGACUGUGGAGGAGGCAUGGGCAGAGCUGGAAUACACGGAGGCGCCAGCCGUGGAAGGCCUCGAGAAGGAUUCAGUGAUCCACUCCUGCUCCUACGACCCGGGUCCAGUUCAAGUGCCCUUGGAUCGAUGUGAAGGGGAACCCUCGUUAAUCCUCGUCCGUGUUGUGAAAAAGACGAACAUCAUCGCUCCGCCCAACUCCAUGUCGAGAGCUCGUAGGCGGCCGCGGGAAGCUGCGAAACGAUCUUCGGGCUUGGCGGAGCUUGCAGAGGAGGCACCAAAACGCUGGCGGUACCAACGUCAAACGCAGAUAGGCUCAGGCACCUUCGGGAAAGUUUUCUUGGCGGAGCAGUUCGAAGCUUCCUCGGAGGAGGCUGCAGCUCGAAAGGUGGCCAUCAAAGAGGUGGCAUACCAAGGCCACAAGACGAGGGAGAUCACCCUUCUGAAGAGCAUCACGCACUCUUGCGUCGUUCCUCUGCUUGACAGCGACCUG